AUGCCUGCGCUGUGUCUCAAGGGAUCUCGCGGCAGAGGGAUCUCCAUUUGGGUAGCGUUGGCCGUUGACAUGUCCGGCCAGCUAGUGAUCUCCGCGGCACCAAAGACAGUGCCCGAGCCUGCGGCGCCCGACUCUUCCGAUGAGGACAGACAGGAUACUGUAGGAUCCAAGAUGCACAAAGACGGCAGAGCGAUCAGGUUUAAGUGUAAGUUCGGAGCUUCGCCAGAGACCGAAUCGAUGCUAGAGGCUGCCGUGCAAUGUGGCGAAGACAGCGACGUCGAGGAGCUGACCCCAGAACAGGAGAAGCUGCUUCAACAGGGACUGACAGACCGGGAAGCCUCUGCGCGACUGGUAAGCAGUCUGGGAAUGGCCACCAAACAGGGUCCAGCAGAUCCGCACUUUGUGCAGCCAUCGAACAUGACCGUGGGACCGGAGGUUUUCUGGGCGCCAGAAAGCUUCCGAGGCAAGAAUGUGAGGAGGAGCCUUGCGAAGGAGAGCUCCUAA